CCCAAAAAUAAUAAUUGAGUUGUUGUUAGGUGGACGGAAGGACCGAGUGAAAGAUUCAAGCCUUAGGGACUUUUUCUUGGUCUGUGUUGUUUCCGAGUAGGAAAUAUUAUUGAAGCUCCAUAGACUCCACAAAACAACACCAAAAACACGUGCUGAUAGCACACAAAGAAAGCUCAAUAGGCAAUAAGUGCGCGUUAGCGAUUCGUAAGACUUUGUAGGACGUAAACCUUUUUUUUUUGUGCACAACUUUCUCUUUUUAAAAAAGAUUUUUUUUUUACUGUUUGUUAGUUGUAAAGAUAGAUUUUAGCUUUCUAUGUAUUUUAAUAGCUAUGGAUAAAAUAAUAAAAUACGAACUUUAAUAAACGUUAAUUAAAAAAUUAGUAUAGUGAAUUACUCAUGAAAAUGUUUAGUAUAAAAAUGAUACAUACUAAAUUAACAAUAUCUUAAUGCAUAGGAAAGCUCUACAAAAAGUUAACAAAAAUCGGUAGAAAUAUUAUUCUUUUUUUUUACUAUUGUUUGAUGAAGUUAUUAAAUAGAGCGGUAAAUGCGUAACUUAGGAAUAUUUUUUUUCUUUUUUCAGGAAUAAAUAAUUUAGAGAAAUUCCUAAAAAAAAUUUGUUAAAAAAAUAAUCUCUAAAGAUUAAAAUGACCAAAUUGUUUCAUUAAAAAGAUAAAUAUAGUCUCUAAAGAUUAAAAUGACCAAAUUAAAUUUUACAGAAAGUGAAUUAUACAAAUUAAUGAAAAAAUAAUUAUAAUUUCUUUUCCAGUAAUGGCGGAUCCAGAGAUUUACUUUAUCAGGGUCAUAUAUAUAUAUAAUUUUCAAAAACAAAGAAAGAAUGGUGUCAAUGGGGAAUUGAUCCCUGAGAUAUGGGAUGUCAAAAAGUACAUAACAACCAUUUCUGUCAUAGAUUAUUUUAAAUAUUCUCUACACAAUUUUAUUUAUUUGCCUAUUUUAAAGGUGUUAUGUGACCUCCUUCAGUUUUAGUGGAUCUUCCUCUGAUUUUCAGCAUGAUUUAAGAAGUAUCGUCAAACAUUAAUUCCAUAAGAAAAUUCUUGAUAGUGUAGUUUGACGUAAAUUUUCGUAAAGUAUGUAGAAUAUCAAUCGUAGAAUCGUCUGGUGUUAGAAAACUAAAAAAUAUGUAUGGUUAAUUAUUUAUGCUUUUCCAAUACAUACACUCAUUAUCAACAUUAAAUAUUUUUCUACAACCGGUAAUCGCCCUAUUGAACUAAUGUUGAUAUAUCUUGAGUUUCUCGAUCAGUUCCCUCUCUAAGUGAGCCAAUGAAGGCUGUCCACAUAUUAUUUGUGGUAGCACAUGAGUCUUGUUUAACCCCAGUUUCAGUUUAGGUUUUCUAUUUCGGUCUUUAGCUUUUAGGGUUAUAUUCUCAUUUCGUGUCAAAAAUAAUAUAUUUAUCAUAUACCAGUACACGUAACUAAUCGAACGGUAAAUAAAUCACGUAAACACGUGUGGUUGUUUCUUGCGCUCUCAUUCAUUUUCUUAAAUCAGUCAUAACGAUUAAAAUAAUGUUUGAAGUUUACAUUAUUAGCAUCAACUACUAAAAAGUUAAAAAGCUCAAAAUUAAUCUUGUUUAAUUGCAAGAAACUUAAAAUAUCAAUUUCUUAAAAUGAAGGACAUAUUAGUUUUUUUUUUGUCAAAGAUUUAUUUAGAUAUUACAAUUAUGAGAAAGAUUACAAAGAUGAUUCGAUAACCGACAAUACUACCUGCUUUACGAGGAUCUACGCCUAACUGCAUCAUUUAAGCCGUCCUAUGAAGAUCACGUCUGACUGGAUUUACUUGCACCAUGUUGAGAAACCCUUGUAAACCUUUCUUCCGUAAUCGCAUAAUUGUUGAAUAAAUCGCUUGCUCCAGAAAUUGAAACCUAAUCUGCAAGAAAUUACAUAGUCUGGGAUUUGAACCCCAGACCUGGACAUAUUAGUUUUUAGUUUACAUCUUCUAGUUCCCGUACAUAAACGAUGAUAAAUUAAUGCAAACGGAUCUGCCAAAUAACCAAAAAAGGAAAUUAGAUUUGUUUAGAAAGAAUAGAGAGAGAUAUGAAGACAAAAUAGGAGAAAAGGGGUGAUUUUGAGUAGUUAAUAAAUUUGUGUUUUUUGGGUUAUUAGGCUUAGUUUCCUUUAACGUUAAUGAAUUUGCUAUAAGUUAUGUUUGGUCCACCGAACUGUUGGUCUAGUACUCUAGUGGUAAAACCACUUUUUUUUUGUUACAAAGUCUUGUUUGGUUAAACUUGCUUAAUUUUACUUGGUUUUGGUUUCUACAAUUCCGUUCAUAUGGACACCGCCCCCUCUUAAAUUAACUAAAAUUUAGAAUCUUAAAUCUUAAUAAAGUAUGCAUUCUAGCUCCCCUUAUAUUUAACACGUCCAGUAUCUGGAUUACCAAAAAAAAUAUCAUCCACUAUACGUGCGUUAUGCAUGUGUUCGUAUUUAUGAAAAUAAGAUAAAAAUCAAAUCUAUUAUUAAAUUCUAAUAGUUUUUUAUUCAAUAAUUUUUUUAAAAAAAUUAUGGCGCCGUUUUUUCUUUACUUGUUGACGCGGCAAAUAUCUCAGACCUCUAGAAACCAACAAAUUAUGCGAGCAAUAAUAUGACUACUUAUAAAUUCGAUCAUAGCGUAUAAUUUAUUUCGAUCAGUUACAUCACGUGUUAUGCAUUAUCUGUCUGGUCAACGUAGUAACGUAGUGGAAAAAUGAAAAGCCAUGCCGCGUCUAGUUGUCAAUAUAUAAAGUAGCACCUGAAAACACUUUCUUUUCACAAACCCUUUAGGACAAAAACAACAAACACAUCUCUCGAUUUGUCUUUACAAUCUUGUCUUGACUUCGGUUCUUGCUCAAUUCCGACAUGGAUGCAGACUUCUUCUCAACUGACUUCUCACUCGAAAACAUCGAUUUCGACUUUAAUAUUCACGAAGAAAUGAAUGUAACACCGGUUGAAGCAAGCAUGCAUACACAAAGAGCUCAUUAUUCAUCUAGUUUUGAUCAUCAAAUGAAUCUUGAUUUCCUCAAAGAAAAGCCAAAGCCUGCGGUGAAGGAGAUGAUGAACAUCAACAACAAAUCACGAGUUAUUUCUUUCGAUUUCUCUAGUAAUGUUUCUUCUUCUCCAGCUGAGGAAGACAUUAUUAUGGAUCGAUUGGUUAGCUGUGGAAGCAAAAGAAAAGCAUGUUCUUCUGCCACAAGAUCUCCGGUUCUCGCAAAAGAACAUGUUAUGGCCGAGAGAAAGCGUCGUGAGAAGCUUUCCGAAAAAUUCAUUGCCCUCUCAGCACUUCUUCCUGGUCUUAAGAAGGCAGACAAGAUUACAGUUCUUGAUGACGCGAUUUCACGUGUGAAACAACUCCAAGAACAAAUAAGAAAGCUCAAGGACGAGAAAGAAGCAAGAAGAGAAAUGGAAUCCAUGAUUCUUGUGAAGAAAUCUAAAAUGUUUUUCGAUGAGGAACCUUACGUAGCAUCUUCUUCUUCUUCUUCUUCUUCUUCUUCUUCUUCUUCUUCUUCUUCUUCUUCAUGUCAUGCGAAAUUUGAUCAACUAUUACCAGAAAUCGAGGCUAAAGUAGUUCAAAAGGACGUUCUAAUCCGAAUCCACUGCGAGAAGAGCAAAGGGUGCAUGCUUAACAUACUAAACACGAUUGAGAAUCUUCAGUUGCGCAUUGAAAAUAGUAUUGUAUUGCCAUUCGGAGACUCUACCCUUGAUAUCACAGUCCUUGCACAGAUGGAGAAAGAUUUUUCAGCGAGUGCACUUAAAGAUCUUAUAAGGAACCUGAGACUCUCAAUGGUUUAGUCCCCUUUGAAGUUUUAUCAACCGACUGUUCAUUAUACCAAUGGUUCAGCUGUAGAACGAUACUUUUAUCUCUAUUUGAUACCGUUUUAUACUAUAAUGUUUUCACUAUACAGUUUAUUUCACACGUACAGUUCACGUGUGUUUGGUGUAUGUUGUAGGUGAAGUUAUGUCUUCCUCAGUGCGUGAAACUAAAGGGGUUGUUUUCGACAACUACCGUUGAUUUGUUGUUGAAUUUUUCUUACCCGUCUGUUAAUUAAAUAAAGUUAAUCAAAAGUAGUAGAAAACAAAACUACUUCGAAGGUAUUAAAUAGUAAUUGCAUGACAUUUGUUGUCAACUCAAAGUUAGAAAAUUUUGUCUAGGAUUUGGUGUUUGAGUGGUAAGGAAAUAAAUGGAUAUGGGACGUCAACACGUUUCAGGUUCAGCUUACUUGCUGUACAAAAUUAUUCCACAUUAUUUUUGGAUAUUUUGUAUCAAACUACAUUGCAACUAAUGAAACUACAUUGCAACUAAAUAUCAAACUACAUUGCAACUAAUCACCAUACUGAUUAAACCAACAAAGAGGGAUAAAUAAAGAGUUAUUUUAUAAUAAAUGUAAUAAGAAAUUUAUCUAAAACUUCUUAAUCAACAAAGAGGGAUAAAUAAAGAGUAAUUUUAAGUUGUGAUUGUUAUCAACUUAACACUAAUUUUAGUAUCAACUUAAUUUUUUCAUUGAAAACAGACACUUAAAAUGAAAAAAAAAAUUAACUCUAAAACGACAAAUAAUAUGAAACGGAGGGAGUAUCAUUUAAUAUAUAGACUAAAUAUAGUUGAACCGAUCAUAAAUAAGUCUAUAUAAUUUUAUAAUUCAUUGCCUUAACAAAGUAAACAAAGUAAAAAAUAUCACCUUGCCGUUUUUCAAGCUCCCUCGAUAUUGAAUUCAGAACACGUGAUUGUAAUCACACAUGGAUUCGAUCUCAGCUAUUGAUUUCCUCAAUCCGGUCUCUUUACCAUUUGUUCAGUCUCACAGACUCGGUUCAGUUCGGCAAUUGACUAAGCAUAAUAAUUCUUAUUUCUGAGCAGUCUUUUGGUUGUCGAACACACACUUUGGCAAGGACACUUAACUCUCAACUGUGUUGUUCCAGUUUACCUCAAUCCCUGAAGUCUUAACUCACUGCCUUAGUUAUGUUAUCCAGUCUAUAUUAUGAAACAAAGGAAGUAAUAAAUAAAUGGCCAUACAUUGAUUUGUAUACAUUGAAACUUGAAAUUUAGUGUAGGAAGAAACACAAUUUCAAAAUGAAAAAAAAAGUUAUUUGAUUGAUCUCAAACAAGUAAACUACCAAACAAUAAUCUGCUGGCGUCAUGUCAUGAAACUUGGAUAAUACACACUUUUUGGACAAGAUGGUUUACAUAAAAUGAGAAGAAGAAUCAGUGAUGAGAGUAAAAAAAUAUAUAACGGAACAUCUCAUCGUUGCAUGUAUAAUGCAAAACUCUGAUCUAAGUUAUAUAAUAUAUGAAUAUUCUUCAAUAGCUAGAUGUGAUAUUUUAUAAAUUUUUAGGAAUUUAUGAAGAUGGUGUUAGAGUCGAAAUAUGCACAAUCAAAUUUGUUUACGUAAUUUUGUAAGGAACCAACGUUUCUUGUUUUAAUCACACAAAACACACAACAUAUUGAAAAAGACGGACAUAUGCAGGCACCACAUAUGUUCCUAACAAUUUAUAACAAACACCACAUCUAGUUUUAGUGAUUAGAGCUAGGCCUUAUGAAAGGCUGCUUACUUAUCAAUCGGGAAGAGAACAAAUCAUUUUUAGUUUGUUUGCAGUUUUGGGUACAAGAGAUGGAAAUUGUUUCAUAAAAAUUCGUCUAAAAGCGAAGUAAAGUAGAGGAAAGAAAAAGUAAGUCGAAGAAGCGUCUAAAGCUAAUUAAGUUCGCUAAAGUAUAAAUCUUCCUAAGUGCUAAGUUUGGUAAAGCUAAGCUGCAGAAAACUUCUAGGCGUUAUGCGUGAAUGCGCUCUUGAAUACGUAUGUCUUUCGGAAGACUUUCGAACUUUCUAUAUACCUUCAUAAGUCAAAUAAGUUAAAAUGCACAGUGGUUGUAAUUUUUCAACAAUGAUUUAAAUCGACUUUGUACCAUCAAUUUGAUUAUCUAAGCCGUUUAAAAUAAAACAAAUAUUGUAGGAGCAAAAAAUUGAAAUUUAGUAUAAAAGAUCAUUACUACUUUUUAACCGAAGAAUAUUCUCAAGUGUAUCGUAAUUUUCAUGUUUAAAAGGUUGACAGUAAAAAUAGUAUCUUAACUACCAUAAUAUGUGUUAUUUAAAUGAAUGUCUAACGAUUUAUGUUAUAUACAUUGAAAUAUUUUCUUUUACAAAACCAAAUUCGUAGUUUGAAUAUACUGUAAGUGUGGUUUUUAGAAACAAUAUCAAAACUGAAUAUUAAAUUAUAAGUGAUUAUUAAUCAACCAAAUACCAUAAUAUUAUAAAAAUCUAAACAACAAAAUAUAUCGUGUUUCAUACAUUUCACAUGAAACAUAAACUACAUACCCUAAAUAUUACACCCUGUCAGUAUGGAAUACGAAUAUUUAAACUCUAAGUCCUAAACAUCAUAAAAUAUAUAUUAUUGUAUGUAUAUAAACGAAUAGCAUAUGAGAACAUGAAAUCAUAAAUUAAUAGCACCAAUACAAUUUUGUAUAUCUAAACCAUGUAUAUAUGUAACUUAAACCAACAAUGUAACUUAGAUUUAUACCGCAAACUUUUCAAUACUAUGAUUUGAAAUUACGAUUUGAAAUCAUAGGAUAACAACUUAGCGAGUUUUGAUUAGGAUAACCAAGAUUAACACAAACUGAGAUUGAGAAAGAGGCAAUUAAAAAGGAUUUAGGGAAGCUAAUCUCGCAUUAGCCAUGCCAACAAAUUUAUAGAAGCUAAUCCUAGGUGUGUUGAUAAGUCACAUAUGAAUUGGACAUCGUGUGUCAUCCUUAGUCACAUAAUGAAGUUAAGCAUCCAAUAAAAUUAUAAUAUUUUCACUUAAACGUAUUCUCAAUUAAUAGUAUGAUUGUUUAGGUUUUGUAUUUAUGGGGUAGGAUUGGAUUUAUAAACUUGUAUAAAUAUUUUAUAAAUUAUUCUGAAACAUUUAUAAAUGACUUAGGAGAAUUAAAUUUAGUUUUAAUCAUAAAUUUAAGAUAUUUAUGAAAAUGGUUAUUCUUUAAAGGUAAAUUUGAAAAAGUGUUAUCAAAGUUGUGGCAAAAUUGAAAUUUCCCAUUUUAUGUGCCUAAUUGCUUAAUUUUAACAUGAGAAUCUAUAAAAAUAAUUAGUGUAUGUUUAUAAUUUAGUUUAAUAAUAUAAUAUUUAUUAUUUUUAGAAUUUAAUGAUAUGGAAAAAUAUAUUAAAAUUAUAUUUCAGCAUUUUUACAAGUGUGUUUAAUUAUUUGACGAUAUAAAAUGAAUAUAUUUUAUAAUAUUUUAUCACAAAAUCAAACAAGGUAUAUAUUAAAAUUUAAUUAAAAUUAUGUAGAGAUAUUAUGAAUUAGUUAAAUUUAAUUACUUGAUGAAAUAGAAAUAAUUUGACAAUAUCCUCUUUUUCUAUAAUUUUUUUAAUGGCACAAAGUCGUAAAAUAAAAUUUAGGAUAAAGUUUAGUCUCAUGUAAUAUUUCUAUUUUAAUAGAAUAGAUUAAAUGCUUUUGCAAAAAUAUUAUUUAUCUUUCAGUUUAAUUGAAUAUCUUAACACUGACUACAACAAUUUUUUACAUUAUUUACAUCUUAUGGUCCAACACUACGAUUAUAUGAACAUGCAUUAUAAUGAUCUACUAGAUUAUCAUCCGUGCAUUAUUUAAAUCGUGAAAUUAUCUUUUCUAUAUAAGUUAGGUAUGUAACAAUUAAAAUACUUAGUUUUAGUUAUUUCUUAUAUUUGUAAACCGGUUUGAUUUUAUAUUUGGAUAUAAAAUAUUUAAUUUUGUUUAAGUUAAUUUUUUGGGUUGUAGAGAUUAAAAUCAUUUUAUAAAAUAAUAAAAAUAACAGAAAUGUAAUUAUACUCAUUGUUCUUACGUUGCUGGACCCAAUUAAUGCUUAACCAUAUUAGCCUCUUACUGAAAUCGUAAUAAUUUACUGAUCUAAUAAAAAUAAUAAUAUAUGCAUGGAAUUACUGGUUAAAGCUUUGUUUUUGGUUUUUAAACUGAUUGAUUGAGUUAUGGCAUCUUCAACUCUACUUUAUUUUCUACUCUAAAAUAGAGUUUAGAGUAAAAUUGCACCAAUGAUAUAUAUUUUACAAUCUAUAAUAGAGUAAAAAAUAAGUUUAUUCUAUAUAUAAAAUAAGUUACUUUUUUGUUCAUCAUUCUAUUUUUCAAUUUAAAAUAGAUUUUUGUUCAUCAUUCUAUUUUUCAAUUUAAAAUAGAGUACCAUUAGAAUAUAACUCAACUCAACUCUAUUAUAUAAUUAUUUUAUUUUUAAAAUGAAAAAUAUACUGAACCAUUAAAGAUAGUCUUGAAACAAAAUUCGAAAUUGUAAUAAUUUGGGCUUUAGCCUUCGUCUUACAUAGACCCAUAACAGGAAAAAAUCAAAAUUUUAGUCUACACCAACAAGAAAAACAAUGGGGCAUAAUUACAAUUCUUAGUGAGGAGAAAGGAAACAAAAUUGAAAGAUCUAAAUGGUAACAUAAAGAACUAAGGGGAAUAAUCAAUUCCUACUCAUUCUUUAGAAUUAAUUACACUAUUUAUAAAAAAUAUUUGCUGCGUAUAAGUUCUUGUCAUUCCCCAAAUUUUAAAAAACUAUAGAACAAAAAUAUUUUUUAUCAAAAUUGAUACGGAACAAAAAUAAUAAAUAUAUCUUUUCAUUCUUUUUACUUUGUUCCUACUUUUUUUUUCUUAUUCAUUUCUAUUUCCAUUUUAAUAGUCACCAUUUAGAACCUAAUAACAAAUAUAUUGAAGUUUUCAAAAACCACCGUGAGAACUUGCCCCCCUUCUGUGAACAGUAGACCCUAGAUGAAUAACUAAAAGAGAAAAGAUUAGGCACAAAGUCUCAAAAAGAAAAUUAUAAAUUCAUAAUUUCAAGUCUCAUGAAUGUCACAAGAUUUUUUUUUAUUUCCAACAGCAUAGAAGAUCUCAAUCAGAAUCAUCUAACAUCCUUCAAAUAUUUGAAGGCAUGGGAAGUGAAUUAUGGCAGGAUAGGAAUUAUGUUAGAAUAAAUGAGAGUUGGAGUAUGAAGAAUUCCAAAAUGUCUGAGACUAUAUUCAAAGAGAUGACUGAAUCAGCGAAUCUCAUAUAUUUUUAUGAACUUUUAUUAAUAGACAUAUUCUUAAUCACUUUAGAACUCGACUUUUAAGCAAUAUCUCUUUGUUGCUUUGUUUCUUAUAUUUUCUAUAUUAGAUUUUCUUUGCAUUAGAUUUUCUUCAUUAGUUUUCACAUUUUUUAAUAGUUUGGUUGGUUUUAAUAAUAUUUUUGUUUUGAUGGUACAGAAACAUCGCGGAGAUGAUUUGGAGUUACGUUUUGUACUUUUUCCUUAAUUUUUCACUUUUCAAUCAAAUUUUAAAAUUUACUCUAGAUGUUUAAAAUUUAUUUUGGAUGUUUUCCGUUAGUUUUUUUUGUUUGUAUAAAUGUGUUUAUCAUACAGGGUUUCUGAUUUUUAUAUACUUUAUUAUGCAUGUUUGAUUAUUCGGGUAAAAUAUCGUACCGAUCCAAAUCCAAUUUUUUAAUAAUCAUCUGAUUUUAUAUUGAAUAAUGAAUACUAUAACCGAUCUGAACCCAAUGGAAAUAACUUAAACUUUUAAUGCAUCAGACAAUCAUAAAAAGAAAGAGUUUCAACUGGAACGAUACCCAAACACCCAAGAGUCGAAGACUAGUUCUACGGAUGAUAAAAAAACUAGUUGUAACUUUGUUUACAAGAGCAUCUCCAAUGGCUGGCUUUAUUUUUAUUUCAAAAUUUAAUUUUUUUUCAAAAUAUAUAAAUAAUUAAAACAUUUACUUUAAUAUUUUACUUUAUUUUUUUCAAAAAAUAUUCUAAAUAUAUUUCAUCCCACUUCAUCAUUAAUUAUUAAUUAUUUAUAACAUUUUAUAUUUUUUCAUGUUUACUAAUUUUCCCUGUUCGGGAACGCACUAGGCGCUAGUCGGACGGCCGGGUUAGAUCUAGCGCCUAUAAAAAAAAUCGGAGACUAAACGGAAAUUAUACGCGGCAGAAUUUUUAGAUUGUUUAAUAUGUUAUCAAACAUGUUAAUCUUUAAUUGUAUAUAACAUUAAUACAUUUUCAUGUUUAGGAAUGUAUAAACACACAGAUAGAAUAUAUAAAUUUAAUAUAGGGUAAUUUCAUAAAAAUUAUGAAUAUAAAUUAUAUUUAUCCAAUUUAAAAUUAUGUAAACAGAUAAAAAUAUUAUAAAAAAAUAAAAUGAACAGAAAUAACAAUAAAAAAAUAGAUUAGGCGGUCGUCUAGGCGGUUAGGCGGUAAUCUAGACAGUCUAGGCGGAAACAAAUCGGACAACCGAUUUUUUAGACUGAUUUGGUAUAAAUCGAGGCGGAUGAGUGACGCCUACUGACUAGGCGGCUAGGCACCCGAUUUUUAGUAAUUUUACAUAGUUAUUUUGUUUUUACAAUAAUCCAACAAAAUUAUUAUUUAAUAUAAUUAAAUAUUAUCAUAUAAUAAAUUUAUUACAUAACAUGAAAUAACAAACACAAAACAUCGUAAUUUGUAGAAAAACACCAUAUAUAUAUAGUUUUUAUAUGAGUGAUUAAUAAAAAUGUUUAGAAGUAGAAAAUGAGCUUAUUUAUUUUGGAUUCUUUUUAAAUGAGUUAAAAGUUCUUAAAAAUAAAUGUUCAUAUGCUCUUAGAUAUACAAUUUUGAUUGAAUAAAAAUAAUAAUUAAAAUUUGAAAAUUAAUCGGUUAAUAUUAAUGUAUAUAAUUUAUUUUAGAAAAAAUAAAAAUAAGUAAAAAUUGAGAAAUAAUUUACAGUUUAAAAAGUUUAUAAAUAUAUCUCUAAAUUUGAAGUAACAUUGUUCAUUGUUUUAUUUUGAAGUAGAAAAUAAAAGAAGAUUGGAAUAAAAUUUAGUUCAAAGUAAAACAAAAAUUAAAAACGAAGUAGAGUUAGAAAUUAUUUUCGAGUUAUCAAAAGUCAAAACCAACUUGACCUCUUUCUGUCUGCCACUUUAUUUAAGAUCUGGUGAAAUAUAGAAGAAAAAAGAGAGGAGACUAUUUAGUUUAUUCUUCGGCCAAUUGAAAAAGUCAAGCAUUUAGAAGUGUUAUUUUAGUAUCGAAAACUAAGGUCUUCAAUUUUAUUUUACGUUUGAAUGAUGAUAUAAAAUAUAGACGGUGGAACUGGAAUCUAUCUAUGAAAGUUUCAGCUAAUCAAACCCUUUGUCAAAAAAUAUAAAGUUUCAGCUUAUCAAAUUGGAUAUACAAUCGUCUCAGUUAUUUUACAAAUAUAUUUAUAUAUUGAUUGAAUUUUCAACCGGUUUUUAAUUGUUAACGAGUACAAAACCUAGGUUCAGCAUACUCAUAUGUUAAUAUUCAAAACACAACUAUUAAGUAAUCUACUGUCUACAAUAUUUUUACUGAAUUGUAUUAGCUUUAACUUUUAGCUAAUGUAACUGGUAAAUAGGCACUUAGCUCAUUUACUGUUAAAAGUCACUAAUAUCUUAUGAAUUUGCAUGAUUCUAACGAUCAUAUUUAUGUACAUAUUGAUCAUAUAUAUCAUCAUUUAGGCAUAUUUAGGUUGCGUUGUAUUGCAUAUGUUUAUAUCAGGUGUUGAAAAUACUUGUUGGUGAAUUUGAAGGCAUUUAAGGGGUUAUGAGUCAAAAGAUUGAAAGAUAAACAUGGAUAGAGGUCUUAGUGAUAUCUUUUUUAACUUAUCUUUUGGGACGACAUGGAAAAUCAAGUUGGCUUUCCAAUGGAGGUGGUUUCAAUUCAUUUGAAACAUUAUUGGAAGAGUUAUGAUCGAUUUAUGGGAGGUAUAUCAAUUCUGCCGCGAAAAAGAUAUCAAAGAUUGAAGUGUAGAUAAUUUUCUAGACUAAGUGUCCUAGCGACCAAGUCAUAGCGACUUCAGCUGGUCGUUAGGGAGUUUGCAGUAUGGCUGUAGAGACGUACGUAGCGACUAAAGCACGUCGCUACUUGAAUACUCUUUGAAAAAUUUAAGUGUUUUAGCGACCAAGCUGUAGCGACUUUAGCAAAUCGUUACAGACGAAGAAAUCUAACUUUUUAUAGAUUAAUUCAGGUUUGUUGGAUUAACCCAACUGGUUUAUAGAUUUCUAUAAAUACUUUUUAUACCUAAUUUUAGGUCAAAAAAGCAUUAUAUGUUAAAUAAUAAUUACAUAAUAUUAUACAUUUUAUAUUAUAUAUUUAAUUGUAGAUAUACAUUUAUUUGUAUAAAAGCCGGAGUGGAACCGAUAUCCAAUUUUAAAUUUUUAGUAUUUGUGAUUUAUUUUGUUUUUAAUGGAUAAUAAUUUUUCAACAUUUUCUUUAUUCUGAAUUUAUACGGACAUCUAGAUUUUUUUAGAUCGAAUAAUAAAUCGAAUCAAAAUUACCGAAUAAAAUACUCAAUCCUACUCACGACAACUCAAUCUAAAACCAAGUUAUCAAUUAAACCUCACAUAUAUCACGUGUUUACUCUAUCACGUGGUCACAGUCACCUUCUAUUGUCAUCGUCACUGAUAACUUUUAAAACAAUCAAUCGUUGUUUGCCAAGGACAUUAAAUUAUUUAAGCAAAAAUGCAUUUCUGACCAUUUAUUAGAGCAAUUGUGUACGUACUCCUUUUUGUAAAAAUUGUAAGUAGUCUUAAUCCUUUAAUAAUAUUCUAAUAAACAUAUUUUUGUGACGUCACCGAACGUUCAAGGCUAAUGUGUUUUCUACGGCUAACGAGCUUCACACCUAAUAUGUAGAUUUUAUCACAUGUAGCAAACAAUGUUUCAAUUUUUUAAAACAAUAUUUUUGAUAAGUUCUAUCGGUUGAUCCAGUCGGCUCCAUGAAAAACACCUUAAUGUUAUAGAGUAGACUAUCCCAAAAAUGUAUCACAAUGUAUGAUCCAAGUUUAGAAUAUUUUUCGACUAAUGUCAGAAAAUGGACUAAUCGUCUGUUACAGUAUACCAUGUUAACCACUGGACUGAAACUCAAGCUCAGAAUGGCCAAAUAGUAGUAAUUUAAUUCCCAUGAAAAAUCAAACUUAGAAUUGAUAUAGAUACACAAUAAAAUCCAAGAAAUUACCACUAUACUACCAUCACUUGGUAAUCUUUCAAAAGUUUAUUAGUUUUGUUUACUGGUUUACAAUCACCAUACGAAAUUUCAAUAUGUUUUGCUUUCACCUCAUCUGGAAAUAGUUAAUUUUGGUCGUGUAAACGUUUUAAUAAUUGGUUGAAACGUCCAUAGAGUUGAACGAACUCACACCAAGCACACAACUAGAUGAAAUACAAAAACAAAUUCUAAUAUAUAUAUAUAAGUUUAUUGGCUAGAUAUUUUUUUAUCUUUAACAUUUAUUAUUUUAGCUAUUUAAACUGUUUAUUUUUAUUUUUUAAAUCAGUUGAAAUGCCUAUUUUGUACAAGUAAUUAUAUUUUGUAAAUUAUAUAUAAGUGAUGAAAAUGGAAUGUGAGUACAAGUAAUUAUAUUUUGUAAAUUAUUUUAAAUCAUGGGAUAUAUAUGGCAAACAAUAAGAAGAUUUUAGUUUUGUGUCUUGACUGCAAAUUGUAGAUCAAUUUUGAAAGAAAUCCCUAUAAGAUUAAUUUAUUUGUAAAACAUAAGUGUGUAUUGUUUUAUGGAAAUUGCUUAAAAUAUCCUAAGUUGUCUAUCAUUUUUCAAAAUACAUUUAAUAAAAAUAUUUUGUCACUUGGGUUUAGCCGCUUAGGGUUAAUUGAUCAUUGUAUGGGGUCUAGUAUUUAGAGAGCAAAACUGAGUUUAUAAUUUUUUAUAAAUAUUUUAUAAAUUAUUGUUAAAUUUUUAAGUGAUUUAGAAAAUUUAAUUUAAUUUUUUUAUCACAAAUUUAAAAUAUUUUUGAAAAUGGAAUUUAUUUAAGAGUAAAUUUGAAAGUGAUAUCAAACAUGUAUUAAAAUUAAAAUUUCCCAAAAAUGAAAAAUUGCUUAAAAUAUCCUAAGUUUGUUAUCAUUUUUCAAAAAUACAUUAAUUAGAAAUACUUUUACAUUUAUAUUUUAUGAUUAGCUUUUAGGGUUUACUUCUUCGUUUCAUUUUAAUUUUCGUUUUAGACUUGGACACACAUAUUAAUAAAACAUUUAAUUUUGCAUAUUUUCAAAAUAAAAACAUCACUACCAAUACACCUAACCACAUUUCAACUAAUAAAAAAAUUGAAAUAAAAGAUCAAUAAAUAUGUAUUAAAAUUAUAAAACGACUUUUAUUUUAAACUAAAUUUUUACUCUACAACGACACUUAAACUGAAACGGAAGGAAUAGUAUUUAUGGAUUGAGUUGGUCUUAUAAAUUUCUAUAAAUAUUUUAUAUAUUAUACUAAAAAUUUUAUAAAUAAUUUAGAAAACUAAAUUUAUGAAAAUUGUUGUUUAAAUUUGUUUUGAAAAUUUCUAUUAAACUUGUGGUAAAAUUGAAUUCCGCCAAGAUAUUCUAAAAUGUCAAAAAUAUUUGAUUCUUUCAACUAACUCUAUGGAUUAUUUUAGAAGCGAGCCAAGAUUUUAGUUUUGAAUUAGAGAUAAUUGGAAUUAGAGAUAAUUGGCAUAAGUGCCUAUAUGGGAGGCCUUAAUUAACCACUUAUCCUUGAUUUGACAUAAAUAUUUUUAUGACCAUUUUAGCUCUCUAGACAUGUAUGUGGAUGUGUGACGUCAAAAAAAAAAAAAAAACAUGUAUGUGGAUGUGUCAGUCAUCUCUCCUUUCUCCUACCUAUUCUCUACUAGUUUUCUUUCUUUCAUAUUUUCUCCUACUUUUCGCCAUCUUAUCUUUUGAUUUUUUUUAUCCCUCAAAACAUAUGUGAUGUUUCUAACUCCGUUCUCUAAUUAUUAUACAAAACUCUAUCAUUCUACAUCCAAGUUAAUUUUAAUGUUCAUUAUUUAUUUCAUAUGUGGCUUUGAAUCUUUAAUUUUAUUGGUUCUUAUUUGAUUAUUAAUAUAAAUAUUAUUUGUAAUGCGUUAAACAAAUCAAUAAUGUAAUAACAGUUUUUAUAAUGCAAUAUUGGCUAUAAAUCUAAUAUAUUUGUUAUCAUGUAACACAUAUGUUAGCUACUAAAAUUUAAAUUAACAAGUAAGGCAUUAUGGGCAGCAGUCAAUAAUCAUUAUUUGUCGAUUGUUAAUAUUUGAUGUAUCAAUUGAAAAAUAUUGUAGAUGCGAACAUAGGUGUUAGCCGUUAACAAUACAUAUACCAGAGAUGUUAACAGAGGUGUUAGCUGUUAACAAAUAUUUGUAGAUGUUAACAGAAGUGUUAGCAUUUAAUAAAUAAUAUUAUAAAAGUUUCAAUUAUUUAUCAAAUUGAUUAAAUUUAAAAAUCAGUUAUAUUGUGACAAAGAAGAGAAAAUGAAAUAUUUUUACGGAUAAAAAUAGCAUAAAAUAGAAGAAUAUAGAAAAAAAAGAAAUGAUAAGAAAUAGAAAAAAUGGAGACAAGAAAAAAAAA